UUGCAUGCACAUGCACAUUAAUUAUUAGUGGUUCUAAUAAUUUUGCGCUUGUGUCUGUGUGUGUUUGCUUGUAUUGAACUUGACCCAUGUGUAUUUACAUACGUUUAGUGUCUUUUUUUUUAGAGAAACUAAAGAAAUAUGUCGAGCUACUGCGGUGCCUGUCGAAAGAGAACCAACCUGAAAACGUUUAGAAUGCCAGUUAAUGAACAAAAACGGAAGUUAUGGGCAGAUUCGCUGGAAAUCGAAUACACAAAUCAAAGGAUUUGCGAAAAUCAUUUUAAAAAGACUGACUUUUAUUAUGCCGACAGUAUGAAUAGUAAAAGGCGACUUCGUCUGCGCCCCGAAGCCAUUCCAGAGCAAUGUUUAUUGUUAUUCAAGGACAAAAAAUUAGGUUCGCCGACAGACGCCGAGCAAGGAGAACACCAGCUAAACGAUGACACGGAAUAUGACACUUAUCAAACGGAAGACCCAUCGGCCCCUUCGUGCGAAAGUCCGCCUAUUGAGGACGAUGACUCCCUUGAAUCCAUGUUUCUCGAUGAUGACGAUCCCCUGGCAGGCGAGGACAACAAGGGAUCUUUUAGUCAGUUGAUGAAAUGUCGGGCCUGCUAUCAGGAGUAUCAAUUUGACUCGAACUCCAAAGAUCUGUUCCUCAAGCAGAACGCUGUUUAUCUGUAUCGCAUUGAAGUCAUUUGCGGAGUUUGGCUCACGAGCAUCGAAGGCGGACCACGUUACAUGUGUCCGGAUUGUGAGUCGGCCCUGAACACUGCGAUCGACUUCCGUGAGAAGGUCAUAAGUACGGAGGUGAAGCUAACGCAGGGUAAUCCCGAGUGUAAUAUUGCAGCGGUCGAAGUAGAGUUGGAAUCGGCUCAGAAUUUUCAUGAAACGGCAGCAAAUGAGUGGCCCUUGGGUUUGAUUUGUAAGGAAGAGGAUGAGGUAAAUUAUGCUAAGGCACAGAGCACUAUCCUUAGCCCGAAUAUAGAAAUGCUGGAGCCCCUGGAAGAAGAUAUCAACGCUGACCCAUCGGACCCACUCAGCGUUGCUCGUGGGACCGACAUUCUUAAGGAGCUCGUUAUCGAAUUGAUUGGUCAGGAUAAAGUCACACCUGAGAAGCCGGCAAGAAAAAUGAAAGCUGAUUCCGGAGACGAACAGACCAUAGAAGAUGCCAUCGAAGAUUACAUGGAUGACGUCAUGGAGGAGGAAAGCGAAGAAGCCAAGAAGCAGCAGGACAAGAAACCGACAAAGGCAAAGAAGGCAAAGGCUAGCGAGACACAGCCAAGAAAGGUGAACGCCAAAUUGAAGCGGGAGCGGGAACGCCAACGUCUCGCUAAGAUGAGGGAAAAGCCCCCAAACUAUGUGUGCGAUCAAUGCGGUUCGGCCUUCCAUUUGGUUCACAAUUUGCAAAUUCAUAUGCUCCGUCACACCCGCACGAAGAACUACCAGUGCACGGAAUGCCCCAUGAAAUUCUACGAUGCCUACAUGAGGAACAUACACAUACGAGUCCGUCACAAGGGCGAGCUGCCUUUUGUAUGCAGGCAUUGCCCCGAAGCAUUUUCAAAUGCGGGCGCGCGUUACACUCACGAAGGCAAAUUUCAUGGCGUGAAAAUACACCACAAUUCGAGGAACAGAGAACCAAACAAGCAACCAACACAGCGCUUCUUUUGCGAAACUUGCGACAAGAGCUAUGUCUCGAAGUACGCCCUUGCCUGGCACAUUAAAUCGCAUGCAGAGGCAAAUGCCUUCAAGUGCAAGCUGUGCGACAAGAGCUAUAAUGCACCAGCGAUGCUCAAGCAGCACGAAAGGGUACACAAGGAGAGGCCACUGAAAUGUGACGUCUGCCAGAAGGGCUUCUAUCAGCGCACCAAGCUCAAAGCUCACAAACUUAUACACUCGGGCGAGCGACCACAUCGGUGUGAACUUUGUAAUGUUCAUUUCCGGUACAAAACAAAUUUAAAAACGCACGAGAACACCAAAAUGCACCAGGAGAAUUUAAGAAAGGUUCAUGAGAGUGUAACAGCUGAUAUUGAAUAAAAUCGUAUUUGUCUUUCCAAUGUUA